ACACAGAGCGGGAGACGGCUGCCUGCCUCUGGUCCGGUAGCGUUCGCUUCCGGGUGAUGGGGCGGGGCGCCGCUUCCGCGGGCCGGCGGCAGCUGCCGUUCACUUCCGGAAGGUCACCCCGUGCCUGGGGGCGCCAUGGCCGCGGACGGCGAGAGACGGCGAGCCGCUGCCAUCAUCCGCCUCCUGUCGGUGUGUCCCCACAUCCCGGACUCCUACAUGACAGAGUUUUUCAGUGAAAACCUGUGGGCGAAGGUGCCACGAUCGUGGAGGGAGACACUGUCCAAACUGACUGCUCCACAGCUAGCGGCAUUGCUGCUUGAACGAGGACCCUGUGCUGGACGGGAGUCGGUAUGGCCGCUCUCUCUGCUGGCGUUCCGGGCGUCCGCUCACGCGCUGGCCUUCUCCCGCCAACCCCGCAGCUGCAAGUCAUCCCCGCCGUCCACGGCAGUGAGCCGCCAGCCGGAGGAGUUCAGGGCCAACGGGAGCCAGAGCUCGAUGCUGAGCCACCCUUUCCGCAAGCACGUGAAGCCGAAGAAGCAGCACGAAAUCCGGAGGCUGGGCGCGCUGGUGAAGAAACUGUGUGAUGCCACGGGGUGUCAGCACGUGGUGGAUGUUGGUUCUGGACAGGGCCACCUGUCUCGCUACCUGGCAUUCGGACACGGGCUGCGCGUCACCGGGGUGGAAGCCAGAGAGGAGCUGGUCACAGCAGCCACAAGGUUUGACAGAGAGCUGCUCCUAAGCCUGCGGAAGGAAGCUGGAAGGAAGUUGGAGUGUCGCAGAGAUAUCCUGGAUGAAGAGGUCGCUAGCCAAUUCCUCCCCCAUCAUCUGGUGGGCCGUGUUGGCAGUGGGGCAUCCGGGGAGGACUUGCUCCAGCUUCUGGAGGUACAGGGCAGCCCAGGAUUGGAGGGGAGCCCCUUUGUGCUGACGGGGCUCCAUGCCUGUGGGGACCUGGGCCCCACUGCCCUGCGCCAGUUCGCCCAGUGCCCCAGAGUGCUGGGGGUCACCGCCGUCUCCUGCUGCUACAUGAAGGUCACCACUGGGAGCACUGCCGAGAGCGGGUACCCCAUGAGCACCUGGGUGCGGGGUCUCCCCGGGCACGGACUGCCCUACAAACUGCGAGAGCUGGCGUGCCACGCCAUUGAGGACUAUGCAGGCCGGCUGAAACAGCAGAGCACCGGCCUGAGGGUACACUGCUAUCGCGCCACCCUCGAGACCAUCAUCAGGCAGAUCGACCCCUCACUCAAACGGCCCGGCGUGCAGACGCCCAGGAACGCUCACCUCCUCUCGUUCGAAGACUAUGCCCGAGCUGGCCUGCGCAGACUGGGCCUGGAUGCUGAUGCCCAGUGGGACUCUGACCUGGUGAGUUCGAUGCUGGCGCAGGAGGCCAGGGUGCUGGCGUAUUUCUGCCUCUGCUUGAUGCUGGCCCCGGCAAUCGAGACCCUCAUCCUCCUGGACCGAGUGAUCUACCUCAAGGAGCAAGGAACUUUGUGCUGGUGGCGGCCAAGGGUGACGGGCAAGUCAGUGACCUCCUCACCUGCCUGGAAGAGGGUGCCGGCCGUGCCUGACCAUCGUUGUGAACUUCAACCCACCCAGGAGACCGCUCUCCCUGUGUCUGCAUGUGACAGCGAUAUCUCAGGUUCCUUUGACAUUGAGAGCAAAUUGCACCACGGCCUCCACAGAGACAGUGGGAGUGGAGAGAGCUGGUGUGGACUCCCCUGCCUGUGUGGGCUCUUUCUAUGCCCAUGUGACGUGAUAACUUCUGCAACGCAUACGGGGGACAUUUCCUGAGUCAGAGCAGCGAGGGAAGAUAAAGAUUCCCAUUCUACUAAAACCUGCUGGUUCUGUUACUUGCGAGUACUUCAGAUCCUCAGACAGGAGUUCAGUUCUCACCACGCCAGAGAGAGGAAUUUAAAUACUUAAUGAAACUCCAGUCUCAGCAGCCACCGUUGUGAAACUGGCGAACUGUUGUUGAAAUUCACUAAUGGGAGAAGGAACUCUGCCGUCCUGACCUGGUCUGGGCCUACAUGUGACUCUAGAUCCAGCUGUGGCGGGAUCAACCAUUAACUGCCCCCCUCCACAAAAAGUGAUCAGGAAAGUCCACUCAAGGCAAAUUGUCACCUCAGCCUCGGCAACGAGUUGAUGGAGUGAUAAUUGGGUCCAUUUAGCCCACUGACUGCAGCAAUUCAAGGAGGCAGCUCACCAUUACCCUCUCGAGGGCAACUAGGAACAGGCAGUAAACGCUGGGCCCAGCCAGUGACGAUGAUGAGUGACUUAAAAUAAAAAGAUAUGUACAUAAAA